GCAACCUUACUUAGCUUUGCGCACACACACACACACACACACACAUACACACGCAUCAAGAAGCUAUAAUGUCGAGGCCGCAAGCGAGGAGCCCGAGCUACCGGAAGAAAGCGGCGGGGGUGGCGUCGUCUCACCACCACAACCACGGCAGCAAGGCGCACUACGUCCAUGGCGGGAGACCGGCACCAAGGUGGCCUGCCAGGGUCAUGGACGGGUUCAGGAAGAUGCUGGUGGGCCUGUUCGCCUUCCCGCCGCGGCCGCCCAAGGUCACCUUCUCGGCCAACGCCAGGGGCGGUGGCGAGGACGCGGUGGCGCCCAAGAGGCCGUCGUGCAGCAGCUCCAACCUGCAGCCGGUGAACAACGCGCACUACGACGAGGCCAUCUCCGACUGCGUCGAGUUCUUCCACCGGUCCGCCAGGGUGGACGUCAGGUCACGGCCGUCGUCUGCGGCGGCCCACUUCUGAAUAAUUCCCAUCGUCGUCGUCGUCAACGUCGUGCUAUAUCCCACUGUGUGUGGGGGGCUGUGGGCAUGUGUAUGUAUAUAUGUCCACGUGUCCAUGUAAUCUAGAUUAGAUUGCUUAAAUUUGCUCAUGUGUGUCUGUCAUGUUACUGUGUUUUUCUUUGUCAUCUGUCAUUUUAGUAUG